CAGUACACAGUAGAGGACCACUACACCUCUGCGUCUGAGGCCAUCUAUGAAACAGGUUUGACUUUCAACUCCUACCUCUAACAUUAUCCUUUCAUUAUCCUUUCACAAAUAUUGUUUGACUACUGUUUAGAUUUAGUCUCUUGUGACAGAUGAAGCAUUAGCUGGCAAACGGGCGUGCCACAUUUGGUUCUGUGUGCCAAAAAUAAUAUUGAGCAGCAUGAAGCUUUUGGCAAUUAUGGGGACAGGCAACUAAGCAACUCAAAAUAAAUUAUAAUCUAGCUAUGAAUGUUAGCCAUGUUCAUCUUUUAAAGGAAAGUUCACCCACAUUACAAAAUGACACAUUAGUUUCCUUACCCUGUAAGCAGUCUAUGGACAUGGUAUGACAGUAAUCCAUGCUUUGGUUUAAUUUCCCUGGCAGUGUUUCCAUUUGCAAACAUUUUAGCAUUUGUGGCACAAAUCCCACUCAAGUCAUGGUACCGAUAUUACAAAUGUUCCCGCAUCAUGUCCAAAUCAUCCGAAGUAUCUAAAAUAUAUUGUGAAGUUCAACAAAGUCACUUAUAGAUGAUUUGAACAUGAUGCGAAUUUUGUCCAUAGACUGCCUACAGGGUAAGAAAACCAAUAUGUAAUGUUGUAAUUUGUGUGAACUAUCCCUUUAAAUGAAUAGUUGGUAGUAAAUGUAACCCUUUAAGGAACCUUUGGGUUCUAUUAGCACACUCAUUCUCAUGUCUCUCUGCUGUUCAUUUCUCUCUGUCUCUCUCUCACAGGCCACUACCCCAAGCUGAUCUUCCACUUUGAGCUGAAGAGAAGCAUCCUGUACUUCAUCCUGGAGACGUAUGUUCCCUCUAGCCUGCUGGUGGUCCUGUCCUGGGUUUCCUUCUGGAUCAGCCAGUCCUCCGUCCCCGCAAGAGUCUGCAUCGGUAAACCACUGUUCCUUAAACCAGGAAACACACCCACCAAUCAAAACCAAGCAGAUGCCUUUCCCAUCCUAUCACACUCUACUCCAUGCAAACCUGCUGAUCAGAAGCUUUUUGGCUGUCUGAAAACAUGUAGAAUGCAGGCGGUUAGAGAAAGCAGGAUGUUCCACAAGUGAAUCAUACUCCUGUUAGCCUACCUUUGUAUUACUGUAAUAUAACGUAUACAUCUAGACUGGUGAAUUAAGGCCAGGUAACUCAACUCAAGCUGAAUCCUAUUGAUUUCUACAUGUGUGGAGUGACCACAAGUGGUAGUUCAUCGUUAAGCUAUAUCGUUUUGUUGUUGUUUGUGAAUUGAAAGGAAAACUCCAGGACACUGGCGAUCUUGAUGCUUUCAAAGAUUGAAUGACUCAUCCAACCAUUGUGCUGUUGUUUGUGACAGGAGUGACCACGGUUCUGACCAUGACCACGUUGAUGAUGGGUGCCAGGACGUCCCUGCCCAAUGCCAACUGUUUCAUCAAGGCCAUCGACGUGUACCUGGGCAUCUGCUUCAGCUUCAUCUUCGGAGCGCUGAUCGAGUACGCAGUGGCCCACUUCUGCACCCUCAACCACCCCGACGCCAACAUUGUCAUGGUGAGGCCUUCAGCAUUGUUAUCGACAGUGGUGUGGUUAUCAUUGUCACUUUCGUCAUCAUUGUUAUUGUCGCUGUAAUCAUCAUUAGCAUCGUCAUUGCCGUCAUUUUCAUGAUCUUGAUCAUCAUCAGCAUCAUUAUUAUCAUCAUCGUUAUCGUCAUCCUCAUCAGCAUCAUUAUCAGAAUCGUCAUCAUCUUCAUCGUCUUCAUCAUUUCUUGUCUGCUGCAAUGUCGCAUACACUAUUAAUGUAAGUAUCUUGUCCUUUUUUUCAUUUCAGUCAAUAGCAUCAGUUUUGGUGCAUUAGUAAGUGUACUCUUCACACCUCUUGCUGUGCCUCUCUCUCCCCCUCCCUCCCCUCCAGUACGGUCACCAGAUGGGAGGCUUUGACGAGGAGAUGAACGGCAUGGUCACUACCAUCGCCACUGAAAACAAUAGGGCCAAGAGGCGUAAGGAGAAAGCUGCUGCAGCCUCAGCGCCCAUGGCAGAGCUGGAACUAGGCCCCUCCAGCUCCACUGGCAGCGAACCCAAGCCUGAGGCCCCUGAGGAGACCCCGAACCGCUGCAUCACUGUCCUGGUCCUCCUCCGCAAGAUCCUGCGCAAAGCUGCAAACUGUUGCCAUGUGGAGAAUCCCCACUUAAUAGACAACUACUCCAGGAGGACCUUCCCCCUCUCCUUUGUAUUCGUCAACCUCCUCUACUGGACAUACUACCUGUACUUG